AGCCUCUAAUCAGUCAGCAGCUGAACGCACGCACGCACGCACACACACACACAGUCUCCAUCACGCACGAUGCCGUCUCCGGUCCCGGUGACCCGCCUGCUGCCCAGAGACCUGUACCCGUCGCUGGACCUCGGGACCUGCAGCAGCCCUCUGACUAAAGGCUCCUCCACCCUCCAGGUCCCGGUCCCGGUGCCAGUGCAGCGGCUGCACGGCCCGGUGGCCCGCCGGCUCUGGUCAACGGUGAUCCUCUGGUCGGAGCUGCGCUGCGUGACUCCGGUGGGCUCCGGAGGGUUCGGCUCGGUGUACCGGGCGGAGUACCUCGGAGAGACCGUGGCCCUGAAGAAGGUGAAGAAGUCCACCAAGAACGCGCUGGCCUCGCGCCAGAGCUUCUGGGCCGAGCUGAACGCGGCGCACCUGCGGCACGCGAACGUGGUGCGCGUGCUCGCGGCCACCACCUCCACCUGCUGCUUGCCGCCGCCGCGCGAGUUCGGAGACGAGUCGAGCACCGGGACCGUCCUCAUGGAGUUCGUGGGGACCCGGAACCUGCAGCAGAUCAUCUACGCUACAUCUACGGAGGAGCCACUCGAGGAGCCCCGCUGGCUCCGGUACGCCGCGGACAUCGCGCGCGGGCUCCGGUUCCUCCACUCACACGGCGUCGUGCACCUGGACGUGAAACCGGCCAACGUGCUGGUGUCCGGUUCAGACGUGUGUAAGAUAGCGGACUUCGGCUGCUCAGUGAAGCUGGACCCGGAGCGCGAGGAGGAGAGCUGCAUCAGCGCGCGGCUCAGCCACGUGGGGGGCACGUACACGCACCGGGCUCCAGAGCUGCUGAAGGGACAGGGUCUGAGUCCUAAAGCCGACAUCUACUCCUUCGGGAUCACGUUGUGGCAGCUCAUCACCCGAGAGACACCGUACACCGGGGACCGGCAGCACGUGCUCUACGCGGUGGUGGCGCACGAGCUGCGGCCGUCGCUCCAGGACUGCCUGGUGUUCGGGUCUGAGCGGGGCCGGCUGUGGAGGACUCUGCUGAGCCGGUGCUGGAGCGGGGAGGCCCGGCACAGACCCGGAGCACACGCGCUGCUCCAGGAGCUCGAGCUCCGGCACGGGGGCGCGUUUUAGAGCCGCUGCUCUGCUCGGUUCUACCGGCAGCUGCUUUUAGGAAGAUUUUAGAAGCAGCCUCAGUGGACCAGACCUGCUUUUAAAAAGCAAACAUUUAAGUGCCUUCUUGUCUGAAGGCUGAACACACUGUGCCUUUCUAACAUUUAAAGUGCUACACUACCAUGUGAGGAUGUCCUGUUCAGUUCGGCUCAUUGUAAAACUUAUUAUUAUUAACUUAUUGUCAUAAAAAAACAGCUUUGAAAUAGUUUUCCAUCGCUCACACCCCCUUGAUUGAUGCAUUUUUUGGUUGUAAACUGUAUUGUGUGUUGUAUAUAGAGUGUUGGUGAUGAUGUGCCUGAUUGAAGCAGAGACACUGGGAGCCUACAGUUGUUUUCUCAGCAGUAUGAGGCUCAGGAAGGUAUGUCUUUAAAAUGCCCUUUAAUUGAGUGGACUUUGGUGCAAUGUUCUCUAAAACAAAGUCUGCACGGCUGCAGGUACAAAUGUUAAUUUUUGUCUUGGAAAAAAAGGCAGAUCACUCCUUAGUACAAAGAGAACUUUGACUAAAGGAGUUGGUUUGGAUGCAGAAGUUCUUCACUUUUAAACCCACCUCCUGGAUUCACUGCUGGUUAAGGUGUAUGUUGCACUAUAUAUUACUGCUUCCUCUCAAUACAACCACACGUUUUAAAGUUUAUUUAGCCGUGCACUGUUAACACGUUGUCAUUUCAUUUGACGACUCCGACCGUCCACACUGAGUUACUGAGAGAGUUCUAACUGACUUUGUUUUAGCAUUUUUUCUUAAACUAUGGAAUCAAAAUGUGUUUUAUUUGCCACCAUGAGAUUGUAAUGUAAGAUUUAACUAUGAUGGUUUCAUUAAAAUUAUUUUUAUACUGUA